AUGGAAGCGGUCCAGAAGGAGCAUGAGCGACUAUCAAAGAGGCUGAAGGCGUCUCAGAGCAUCAAGAAUGUUCAGUCGACCAUAGAACUUCUUCAAGAAGCACGGAAUGCCAUUGCGGCCGAUCCCGAUCAGGCCCCGAUCACUCUAGCCAAACUCCAAAACCCAGUGAAAUCCUCCUUCGAUGCGAUAAAUGACAGCCUCAAAGAAACCCAUAGUGGUCUUAACAAAUAUUCCAAGUCGCUUGAUAAGGUCGGUUGUACCACGGGAUUACUCGGAUCGGCUUUCCAAGCACAUGCUGACUCGAAGUUCAAACAACAGCUUUUCAAAGAUAGACCUCUCCCAAGUACCGAACAUGACGCCCUGACAUCACAAGAACACCUGAUCAACCGAGCGAUCGCAAUGCACCUAUUGCGGGAAGGACAGUUCUCCGUCGCUUCUACCUUCCUGUCGGAAAUGACGGAAGCCAGAGCACCCGAGGAGGAGGGAGAUUCCAGCUCCAGCGUCACGGACAAUGCCGCCUCGCUCCUUCAUCUCGAAGAAGUACCGUCAAGUGAGGUUCGGAAGCAGUUUGCCACCAUGUACCACAUCCUGCAUGAAAUGGAGCAGAACAAGAACCUGCUUCCGGCGAUUCAAUGGGCGCGGGACAACAAAGAGGCGUUGGAGGUCCGAGGCAGCAACCUGGAAUUUGAACUGUGCCAGUUGCAGUUUGUAUGGUUCUUCCACGGCGGACACACGCCCGAGGCGCCUCUUUCCGCGGGUCGGCAAGCGGCAUUGGAGUACGCCAGGCGGGAAUUCCACGGCUUCAUGCCGCGAUACCUGCGGGAGGUGCAGCAGCUCAUGGGCGCGAUGGCUUUCUGCCCGAACCUCGAGAAUUCCCCGUACAGGGGCAUCUUCACCAAUCCGUCCGCCUGGAACGACGUGGCGCAAGCGUUCACUCGCGAGUUCUGUUCCUUGCUUGGGCUGUCUGCGGACUCCCCCUUAUACGUAGCCGCCACGGCCGGUGCCAUUGCCCUGCCCACUCUACUGAAACUGCAGACGAUCAUGAGGGCGAAGCGCACCGAAUGGACGACAGAAAACGAGCUUCCGGUUGAGAUCCCGCUUCCGCCGUCGUACCUUUUCCAUUCCAUCUUUGUUUGUCCCGUUUCCAAAGAGCAGACAACGGACGAGAACCCGCCGAUGAUGAUGCCGUGCGGGCACGUCAUUGCCGAGGAGUCGUUGAAACGGCUGUGCAAGGGCAGUCGCUUCAAGUGUCCGUACUGUCCCAACGAGAGUCAUGCUCGGGAAGCACGAAAGGUCUUUUUGUAG